GUUUGUGUGACAGGUGUGUGCUGGGAUGGAUCUGAAGGAGAAAGUGGCUGUAGUGACCGGAGCAGCUCAGGGUUUGGGCAGGAGCUUUGUCGAAAUACUCCUGAAAAACGGAGCGAAGGUGGCUUUAAUCGAUGUGAAUACAUCUCUGGGAGAGGAACUGAAGAGCACACUUGAUCAGGAACAUGGAUGUGACCGGACUGAGUUCUACACGGCUGACGUCUCAUCAGAGGAAGACUUCAAAGGUGUUAUGGGAAAAAUUAUUGAAACAUUUGGCCGCAUAGACAUUUUUUGCAACAACGCAGGGAUCAUCAAUGAAAAGCACUGGGAAAAGACUAUAGCAAUCAACCUGGGUGGAGUGGUCAGAGGAACGUAUCUCGCUCUAGACCAUAUGAAGAAGGAAAACAGUCGUAAUGGAGGAGUCAUUGUCAACAUCUCAUCUAUGGCAGGUCUGGGGCCUUUGCCGAUGGCACCCAUCUACACAGCAACUAAACACGGCGUGGUGGGAUUCAGUCGUGCCAUGGCAGCCGUUUCCAAGCUGGCUAACUAUGGGGUGAGGAUCAACAUUCUCUGUCCGUGGUUUGUGAAGACCAGUUUUCUGUCCGUCAUGAGUUCAGAAGAGCAUACUGGAAGUUUCUUUCCACUGAAGGGUUUUGCAGAGAUGAUGAUUGAGAGCCGCGGCUGUCUGGAGGCUGAUGUGGUUGCCAAGGCCUUUCUUGUUCUUGUGAAAGAUGAGAGUAAGAAUGGAGAUGUUCUGAUGAUUGAUCCCGAGGGGGCAGCUUUUGUCUCUUUCCCUGAACAGGGCAAGAACAUGCCAUGUACUCCGGUCAGUCUCCAGUAGCCGA